GGGGGCGGUGGUCUCGCUUCCCGCAGCCGCGAGCGGCGAGGUGUUCCGCGAGGAACUUACCGGGAAACCUCCGGACAGCUCCUUUCCGUCUGUGUGUCCGUCCCGCCCCCAAGUUCAAGGGGAAGAGACCGAUAUGGUCGAAAACUCUCCAGCCCCGUUGCCAGAAAGGGCAAUAUAUGGAUUUGCUCUGUUUUUAGGAUCGUGGUUUUGCUUUAUGUUAUAUCUCAUCUGGGCUUAUGUUCCCGAGACUUGGCUGUUCUCAUUGGGACUAACAUACUGGCCUCAAAAAUACUGGGCAGUUGCUUUGCCAGCGUACCUACUAGUUGCUAUAGGAAUUGGUUAUAUAUUACUUUUUGGUAUUAACAUGAUGAGUACAGCUCCACUUAACUCCACACAUACCAUUACAGAUAACUACGCAAAAAAGCAACAACAGAAGAAAUUUCAAGCAGAAGCAAUUCCAGCAUUGAGGGAUAUUCCCAUCAGUGAAGUAAAUAGAAUGUUUUUCCUUCCUGAAAAAGGAAUCUGCAAUAGCAGAUAGUGUUAUUAAGAUCUGUUUGAAUAAAGGAUUAGUGGAAGUGUUACGUAAGGAAAAACAGACCCCCUCCAAGCUAAAAAACCUCUCUUUUGGCUUGUAGAACAAAGCUUUCAUUUUGUUUUGUUUUUUUUUUUUUUUUUUUGUUUGUUUGUUUUUAUAUGAAUUUCUAACUAAAUUUAUGUUAACACAUUUCAAUGAGAUGGCUUGAUUUUAUUAUUAUGCAUGCACCUUAAUAACCUGCAUUGGUGUGAGAAUUGUGCCACAGUAAUUUAUCUAACUGUUCUUGUGAGUUUAAAAUAGCAUUUUAUUACUUGUAGAUUUCUACUUGUAAUUUCCUCUGGAAGGGGAAAGAAAUAGCUUUUUGACACAGCUUAAUUCUACUUCCCUUUGAAUUCUGGGAGAGAAAAUGUGUUCUCCUAGUCAUGCUUGAGGAUGCUUUUUUAUUACAGAUUAUGUGAAUUUGAAGUGUUAAUAUUGUAAAUGUAAAUUUUAAUUUGUAAAUAUUAAUAUAGCUAAUUUUUACUUGUUAAAGGUAGACAUUUUUCUGUGGUUCUGUGGUAUUUGUCUGAGGUAAAGGUGUACAGUGGUCUGCAAAAUAUGUUGAUUUUUUCUUUCCCCCCCAAAUUGGAGGGCUUAUUGAAAUACCAAGACUACCAGAAAUAAGGAAGGUGGGUUGUGAAGAUUUUCUGAAACAAUUCUUGAAAUAACUAUUUUUUUUAACCAUUCUUAAGAAUACUGAAAACUAGGUUCACGGAAAUUUCUGGAAAGACAAGAACUGACAGGUCCAUCUUAUUAUAGUCUAGGUUAUAGCACAAAGCACAAUAACUUGUUAUGGCAGUGGUUCAGAAGUUUCUUAAACAGUGAAUUUUCUUUCACACUUGCACUACUGAGGAGAGAUACAAUCUUUAUCUCCUUUUUUCCAAGAGUCACAAACCCAGUUAUCUUCCGUAGUCAAGGUUAUUCAGUUUGGUUAUAAAGAGCAGUGAAUAGAGCCUCAUUAUUAUUUGGUAGGCCAAUUUAUGACCAGCAGAGAAUUUAGUUAAAAACAUCACUAUUUUAUUAAAAGAUAAUAAGACAUUUUUUUUAAAUUUGUGUGGAGAAUCUUACACCAGUUCUUUAGAAAUUGGUCAAAACAAUCAUCAGUUGCUGUCAGAAGUCUUAAGACCUGGUAAUAAUCUGGUAUGAAUAUAAAAUUUGUAGUUUCUUGGUCCUCUAGUCUUUAGUAGUUUGUUACUCUUUUCCACUCACUUUUGAAGAAAAAAAUGCAUGGUAGUUACUAUGAGUAGGAGAAAAAUACCUUCUUAAUAAAGGCAAAAAUGCUUUUCAACAUUUCACUCUGAAAUAGUAGAUCUUAGGUAUAUUGUUUGGGGACAUUUCAUAUGAGCAUGUAUUUGUACCUAAGCCUAAUGACUGUAAAUUAGUACAAUGUUUAUUUGUAUGAUAGUUGUAGGCUUCUUUGUGAAGUUUCGUUUUUUGGUUUGCCCCCAGUUACUAUUGUUUCCCCCUCCUGCCAUGAUUCUGCCCUUCUAUUAAUUUUAAUUCAAGUGCUCAAAGACACAUACGUAAGGUGAAUUUAAGAUUUUAUAAUCAACAGACAUGAAGGUGUAUUUACUCUUUUGUCAGUUCUUUAAUCACAUUGUAGACACUGAAGUACUGACUCUAAUCUUUUUUUUUCUGUGUAAUUUCUACCCAUGUUCUACGCUCCUUUUGCUUUCUGAGAAAGCAAUUUCGUUUUCAAUUCUAAAUUGACAAUAAGUGAAGGCCACCUUUCUGGUAUCAUUUGAUGUAAGGAUUAAUUUAGUCCCCUGUUAAGGAUACCCAAAUCCCUUCAGGAUAAAGAAAAGCUACUGAAAAAUGCCCUCGAGCCCUGAAAGCACACAAAUUAAAGGACAGUAAACCUUGGACAAAGAUUGUAUCAGUGAUGAAUCUGCCACUGCAUUUAACUGCAGACCUUACAAUUAUGGGAAAACUAACAGAGACACCUAAGUGAGUAGGCAAACUGGGGUCAUUUGUUUAAGUAAAACUUGCAGGCAUGAAACUCAAUCUUUGCUUUUCUGUCACUGUUAUGUAGCGGUGCUUCAAAGACACUGUAGUGACCUUUUCUUCAACUUAGGGGUAAUGUUUGACACUUCAGAAAUUGCCUCUGUAAUCAAAACCAGGUAACAGUUAUAUGGGCUAAUAAAUACACUGUAGGGAAUUGCAGGUGUUUGGGAUCCGUCAUUUCAUGGUCUUGCCUAUGACUGUGAUUAAGGAAAAGAUAUUCAACUUGGCCAGCAAAGAGACAAGAGAGUCUCUCUUUUUGUAAAUAUACAGCACACUUAUUUAGUGGGAUUUAUAGAGGUUUUGCCUUAGCUAUUCAGAAAAAAAAACAACCUGAAGUGAUUGAACUGUGUUGCUAGUAGUGCCUUUCUUUACAAAACAUACCUGUUCAAAGACUGGAUAUCAGGUAUCCAUUCUUCUUGGAGACUGAGGAAAAACUAAAUAAAUAAAGGCAAAAACCUAAAUUUGCCCUCAUUUUCACCCUUCUGAAUUACUGAUGGCAUAUUGUUAUAGCACAACCAGUAGUGACCAGUAGAGUUAGACCAGCUGGAUUGUCCCUGCUGAAAUCAACCAAAUGAUGAAACUUCAGCCUUGCUUUUUAACGCACCUUCCAGGGUUCUUAUGAAGUCUUUAUCUUAUUUGAGACUGAUUGUAUUUUACACAUGUUGCUAGAAUCUUAAUCUUAUAAGGCAGGUUACCCCCCAAAUGGUAUUUGAAUGAGUGUGUAUGUAAACAUGUAAUUAAAAAAGUAACAAAGGUGCACUGUUUCAAAUGAAAAGGCUGUAUGCCAAAUGAAA